AUGAAUGUGAGCGAUUAUCUUGCGCAGCAAGUGGAUCCAGAGUACUCACUUGCGUCGGAACAGGUAGAGCAUUUUAGAUCGGGGGGAAGAACCCGGAAGGGUCUGUCGGUUGCUGCUGUGAAAGGGUUUUUCAUCUCGAACCAAGACAAACAGGAUCCUGACGACCCCCGUGGUCUGGUAGAGAGCAAAUUGGAAACGGUGAGAGAGGCUUUCGCUGGUGUGCAAAUCGCAUCACUAGAUGGUAUCAAAGACAUAGGUCAAAAAGUUUUUACUGAUUACUUGCUGCCGAAACUAAAAACUGGUGGAGAACACAGGGCUUGGCUUGGUGCUUUUCUCGAAAUGUG